GAUUCAAACGUGCUUGAAAAUGAAUGAUACCUUAGCUGACUACCGUACGUACUGUAGUACGAAGUACUGUGCAGGUAUUGACGACUGAUGCCUUCUGUGACUCACUCACAUUUCUUGGUUUGAUCCUCUGCAUGGCGAUGUCGCUGUUGUCCUCGCCAACAAAACUGCCACACUACACAUAUUCGCAAUCAUAAGAUAUUUGAUCGGAGCGAAGAACAGGACACCCAAAUCGAUCAACAAAAUGAAGGGGAGAAGAAACAACGACGUGCUGUGUUUCGCAACAGUUGUAUGCUGCGUCGCGUUGGCAACCGGAAUGGUACAGCCCGAGCACCGCCACCGACAAGCCCCGACGCCGGCUUCAACAGCGGCAUCGGCAUCUCGGAGGACCUUCGGUAUUGUUUCCACCGCGUCUCUGUCGUCGCUUUUGAUCGGAAAUCCAUCCACUGCGUACAAAGCCUCGGCGGAUCCGCUGAAUGCACUCAUACCGGCCGGAAGCGGGGCGGUACUGCAGCAGCGGGCAACGAUAGAGCGGUCGAACGAAUGGCGGGAGGGCUCCCCGCGCCUGUCCACCCAGCUGGGACUCUCUCGGAUAGGCACCACGAGAGACGAAUCAUCAUCCAGAGCGAUCGCCCCCCUGCAACAGUCCCUGUCGCCGUUUUCGGACCGGGAACUCUUCUACCCUUCGUCCCUUGCCGGAGAAUGGACCGUGAGGUCGACGCUCCAGCAAAAGGUCUUUCCAUUUGGUCCAGACUUUGUUCCGUCGCAUUCCCUGGUACAGGGAUCCCCCCGCAACCGGGGAGAGCAGGUGGGGGAUACGACUUCCUACACCGUGCGCUACAUCAGCGAAAACGAAAAAACAAUCGCGGACCGAGCCUUCAACCUCGUCUCCAUGAGCCGUUCCUACCAGCAGCUGUCUCCCGUGAUCGCCGACUCGAUCGUCUGGGACUCCGCCAGGGAUCCGACCCGGCUGACGUACCAGACGGAGCCGAUCGCCGCCGACAUGCGGCCCGUGGGGCCCCGCAAGGCCGAGGUCUACCUGACGGCGCGCAAGACGGAGGAAUCCUCCUCCGGCUUUGCGGCGGCGGAGCGCAGCCGUACCAUCACCGUCGGAACCGGGAGCGUCUCCGCGAACGACCAGGAAGUCAUCACCGAGUUCCUCCCCGUCGAUGGCGACACGGUGCGGGCCGUUUCGCGGAUCGCUAUCUACCUCACCCCGAACCCCAAUUCCAGGGAGGGCGUGUUGUGGCAGCAGGUGAACGGGAAGGCCGUUGCCUUUUACGACUACGAGAUGGUGAUGGAACGCAAAAAGUAGAUCCGGGAGGUCCGCAAUGUAGACCUAUUUGCACACUCUAAUAGAUACAAUUUGCCAUG